AUGGCAGGAGAGCCCAAAGUAUUCAGAUUGUCCGAGGUGAAAUCUAAAAACAAUGCCAAGGAAGCCUGGAUUGUAAUUCACAAUAAAGUCUACGAUGUCGCCAAGUUUCUUGAAGAGCAUCCAGGUGGUGAGGAGGUUUUGCUAGAGCAAGCUGGGGGAGAUGCCACAGAAGCCUUUGAGGAUGUUGGCCACUCUUCCGAUGCUAGAGAGCUGAUGAAAGAUUAUUUUAUUGGAGACGUACAUCCGGAUGACAGGACAACAAAAACAUACACUACAAACACAGGACCCACUGGGACCAACCCACAAUCUGGCAGUUCCUGGACUGGCUGGUUGCUCCCCCUUGCCGUGGCUCUGGCUGCAGCUUUUGCUUACCGCUACAUCAUUUCACAACCCGCAUGA